AUGACUGUUCCACACAGCCUCCCAUAGCAAUGGAUGACAAUGAUCAGAAUAAGGACUACCAGAACGAUCAGAAUAAGGACUACCAGAAUGAUCAGAAUAAGGACUACCAGAAUGAAGGCUACCACAAUGAGCAAUACCAGAAUGACACUACACCAGAGAAAUCCUCUCACACCCGUGAAGUACAUUCCACAUCAGAAAAUGUGAAAAAAGAAUCUGUGGCUUCGGACCAGGGCUGGAAUAAUGCUUCAGAACAGGAAUAUGAAUAUAUCCCAUUGUCAAGCACGUGGAUGAAGACACUGCCAGAAGAGGAAUUAAAUGCUGAUCCAGGACUGUAUAUAUUUGGAGAUGUCAAAUUGCGCUCCUUCCCAAGGAAACCCUUCAUCAUAUUCUGCAUUGUGUUGGUCUCUUCUCUAAUAAUGGCAACAGUCGCUCUUGUGAUGACAUGCCAUAGAUGCAAGCCAGUUUGUUCAGAUGGCUGGGAGAAAUUCCAAGAGAAAUGCUACUAUUUCUCAGAAGAAAGGAAAACAUGGUUCGAAAGCAGGAAAUUUUGCCAAAAGGAAAGUGCUGAUCUCGUAGUGAUUGAUCAUAAAGAGAAACAGACCUUUCUGGAAAAGAAAAAGAAAACGGGAAAAGACAUUUGGAUUGGCUUAAAGUACGAAGCAGCUGAAAAAGUGUGGAAGUGGGUAGAUGGGAAAUCAUUUUCCUACCCAAACUGGUUAGCAGAACCCCCGAAAUAUGAUGCCGAAUGCUUGACUAUAGGUCAACAAAAUAAUAAGUGGAAUAACUAUCACUGUGUAGGUAUCCAUGCCUCACCCAUUUGUGAAAAGAGCAGGCAUGUAGCCUGUGUUCUGCAAUCCCCAUUUUGGCCGCAGUGAACUUUAGUGCAUCGUAAAGCAUGAUGAUUAUGACUGAUGAACAAAGAGCAGAGAAGCUUGAAGUAUCUGAGGACCCCCAACCCCACCCCUAAUAAAAAGGAGACAUAGUUCAACCUCCAUGGGAAUUGCAGUUUCCUAAGGACAGAUGGCCAGAUGAACUGGAAGUAAACUCUGUCCCCACGACCUCCCUCGAGCCUCUCCAAGACUGACAGCAGCCCACACUCCAUAGCCCUCAAGCCCCGCACACGAACACACACACCUGGCUCAGCUGUGAGCAGCUAAAAUGUAUCCAAAUCACCUCCAUUUCUAUACCACUGCUACUAUGUAACUCUCUAUAUUACUUUUACUGUUUUUUUCCUCUUUUUUCUUAUGUGGACAUGGGGGUGUGUACUUGAGUGGAGCGGGUAAAAUAUAAACAAAUAAGACAAAUGAUCUUUUCCAUCUUGCACUCAGCAAUGACGACACCCUCUCUCUUCAUCCCCUCUUCCUUCUCUAUAAGCCUGUACCAAACAAUACAUGAACUCUCUUUUGUAUUUUUAUAUAUUUUUUAUUAUUGAACUCUAUAAAAUGAACGCAAAUAUACAUGAACCUAUGAACUCCAGUAACCUCUCCUGAGCAAUUCCAGAUCCCCAUUCCAUGCCCUGUGUGAGAACCAGAGAUGGGACAUAAUCUGUGGGACAAAGGACCUUUCUGGACCCCAAUGUGAGCCCAUCAGCCCACAGCCCAACAGUUCCCCUUUGGGGAUCUCAGCUAUCUGCAGGACAAAGGCCCAGGACAAAUCUUGGAUUGUGAUUCCAUUAACAGUAUACAUCUUUGGGACUCUUUCUUUGUCUCCCCAGCAUGGGAAGAUAUCUGGGACAAUAAACCCCGUUGUUAUGACAGACUCUGUCUUCUAUGACAGAGUCUGGGAUCUGUGUAAUCCUGUCAAAUCAUCUUUUGGAGUUUUCUUUGUCCCCAGCAUUCCAUUGCGAAACACCUCAGGGUUGGCCUCACUGCCCCCAAGACUGCCUCCACCAGCCCAUUGGAAGCUCUGGGGCCUCACUGCCCAGCUGGGAGGAGAUCCCCUGCUAUGGCAUUGCUGCCUCUUCUAAUCAUGGUGUGCACCGGCUAAGACCCACCUCCUGACCAAUUAGAGGCCUGGGGGAUGCCAGCCGGCUUCUCGGUGCUGACCAAUCAAGGGAAAGAGAGGGAGUUUCAAAAUGUAGCCAUGUUAAUGCAUGGAAUUUCUUGUGUAUAAAAAUGCCUACUUGUGAUUAUGCUUUCACACUUGUACCCUUCGAGCGUCCAUGCUGUACAAUUGCCCCUUUUGCACAAAUUGAAUAAAGUCUCUAUCAUUUGCCUCUAA